UCGCCGGGUGGAGCUUGCAAACGAGGGAACGUCCGUGGGUUGCUGCUGAGUGAAAAUUGUUUGACAGGAGAAGAGGAGACCUGCGCUCAGGGACUGACACGAUAAGUUAGUUGUUGCAAGACCGCAUCGGCGGGCAGCUUUUCGGUCAGCAGCGAGGCCAACCCGGGAGCGACAAAUGAUUUGUCGGAGUCAAAGCAGCAACAGGGCACGGAGCGAAAUGUCAGCGACUGUUUCAGCCCUGAUCCGCGGAGAGCGCGACUAGUACACCGCAACGCGGAAAACAUUCAACGCGGCGGAGAGAAUGCGAAUGGUGCGAAGAUACCGAAACCAAACAAAAUGGAAACCAUGUAGCAUCGCUCCAGCCUUCCAUAUAGCUAGAACUAACGUUAGAGUAGAGAGUAGAUAGCCAAGGAGCUAGCGCAGUAACUAACAUAUAUACAUGUAAAGUUAUUCCCCGGAGGAGCUGAAGCGGAGCCCAGUCAGGAGGUGUCAGAGGAGUUCAUCAGUGCGGACAGGAGGAAGAAACAAGAGGAUGCUUCGGAGGAGACUGAACCGCUUGUUUGGUGGUGAUGAGGGACGAGUUCACAGCAGGACGAUCUACGUUGGCCAUAAGUCCUGUCCCCCCAAUGAGGCUUAUAUCCCGCCCAAGUUUUGCGAUAACAGGAUUGUGUCCUCUAAGUAUACAGUUUGGAAUUUUCUACCAAAGAACUUGUUUGAACAAUUUCGAAGAAUUGCCAAUUUUUACUUCCUUAUCAUCUUCCUGGUACAGGUGAUAGUGGACACCCCUACCAGCCCAGUCACCAGUGGCCUACCUUUAUUUUUUGUCAUCACUGUAACUGCUAUCAAACAGGGAUAUGAGGACUGGCUGCGGCACAAGGCUGACCGGGAGGUGAAUGAGUACUGGGUGUCCGUACUAGAGGAUGGCCGGACGAUACGGAAAAUGAGUGCUAAAAUCAAGGUUGGAGAUAUUGUGGAAGUAGAAGAAGAUGAGACCUUUCCCUGUGAUCUAAUACUGCUGCAGUCCAGCCGAGAUGAUGGCACAUGUUUUGUUACCACAGCAAGUCUGGAUGGAGAGUCCAACCAUAAAACACACCACACAGUGGCAGACCUAGAGAGUGAUCUGCAGUAUCUCAGUGCCACCAUUGAGUGUGAACAGCCUCAGCCUGACCUUUACAAAUUUGUCGGCCGUAUGCACAUUUACAGAAACAGUCAGGAGCCUGAUGUGAGAUCUUUAGGCCCAGAAAACUUGCUGCUGAAAGGAGCAAAUUUGAAGAACACUCAGAAGAUAUGUGGUGUCGCAGUUUACACUGGAAUGGAGACAAAAAUGGCUCUCAACUACCAGGGAAAGUCGCAAAAACGGUCCGCUGUGGAGAAGUCUAUCAACGCCUUCCUUCUGGUUUACCUUUUCAUCCUGGUGAGCAAAGCGCUUGUGUGCACCACACUUAAGUAUGUGUGGCAGAGCAAACAUGAUGAGCCGUGGUACAACGAGAAAACGCAGAAGGAGAAGGACACUAAUCAGUACCUAAAAAUGUUCACAGACUUCCUGUCCUUCAUGGUGCUCUUCAACUUCAUCAUUCCGGUGUCCAUGUACGUCACGGUUGAGAUGCAAAAGUUCUUGGGGUCCUUUUUUAUUACGUGGGACAAAGAUUUCUUUGACCCUGAAAUCCAAGAGGGGGCGCUGGUCAACACAUCAGACCUUAAUGAGGAGUUGGGACAGGUGGAGUACAUCUUCACAGACAAGACUGGCACUCUCACUCAGAACAACAUGGAGUUCAUAGAGUGCUGCAUCGACGGCUUCCAGUACAAGCAUGGGGACGGGAGCUCAGAGUUGGACGGGUUUUGCGUCACAGAUGGACCUGUAAACAAAAUCCAGCAGAAAGCUGGCAGGGAGAGGGAGGAGCUUUUCCUUCGUGCCCUGUGUCUGUGCCACACUGUUCAGAUAAAGGAGUCUACAAAGCACAGACAAGACCAGAUUGACCAGAUUGACCAGAUAGACCAGAUAGACCAGGUCGAUGGCUUAGGGGUCGAUCAUGAGUUUCUGCACCCACCACAGAAGGAAAUGGGCUUCAUAGCUUCCUCGCCCGAUGAGAUUGCUCUGGUUAAGGGAGCCAUGAGGUAUGGCUUCACGUUUCUGGGCCUUGAAAGUAAAAACAUGAAAAUUCUUAACAGAAAUAAAGAUGUUGAAACGUAUGAACUACUUCAUGUGUUAAACUUUGACCCUGUGAGAAGGCGGAUGAGUGUAAUGGUCAGAUCCAAAACAGGUGACAUAUUGCUUUUCUGUAAGGGGGCAGAUUCUUCUAUUUUCCCUCAAGUCAGACAGGAGGAGGUGGAGAGGAUACGCAUGCAUGUGGAACGCAACGCGACCGAAGGCUAUCGCACGUUGUGUGUAGCCUACAAACAUCUCAAUGCACAGGAGUACGCCAGAGCAGAUGCAGACUUGAGAGAAGCUAGACUGGCUCUCCAGGACAGAGAGGAGAAGCUUAUGGCUGUUUACAACCGAGUGGAGACUGAUAUGAUUCUAAUAGGAGCUACUGCUGUGGAAGAUCAGCUUCAGGACGAGGCGGCGCAGACCAUGGAAGCUCUGCAGGGAGCAGGCAUGAAGGUUUGGGUUCUGACAGGGGACAAGAUGGAGACGGCCAAGUCCACCUGCUAUGCAUGUGGAUUGUUUAAGAAAAACACAGAACUGCUGGAGUUAACGCUGCGCACACUUGAGGAUGGAGGAAGGAGUCGUGAGGAAAGGCUGCAUGAUCUGUUACUUGAGUACCAUAAGAAAGCUGUUCAAGAUGCCCCACCUGUGAAAUUAGGAAUUACUAGGAGUUGGUCUGUAGCCGGACAUGAUUACGGUUUCAUCAUCGAUGGAGCCUCUUUGUCGAUGGUUCUCAGCUCUUCGUCUGAACCAAACUCCAGAAGAUACAAGAACCUGUUUCUGCAGAUCUGUCAGAACUGCACAGCUGUUCUUUGCUGCCGCAUGGCCCCUCUGCAGAAGGCUCAGAUUGUUAAACUGGUGAAGAACUCCAAAGGCAACCCAAUCACUCUUUCCAUUGGUGAUGGAGCAAAUGAUGUUAGCAUGAUCUUGGAAGCUCAUGUUGGCAUUGGUAUUAAGGGUAAAGAGGGUCGGCAGGCAGUAAAGAACAGUGAUUACGCUAUCCCCAAACUCAAACACCUCAAGAAACUUUUGUUGGCUCAUGGACAUCUUUACUACGUUCGCAUUGCACACCUCGUGCAGUACUUCUUUUACAAGAAUCUUUGCUUCAUCUUACCUCAGUUUCUGUACCAGUUCUUCUGUGGCUAUUCCCAGCAACCCCUGUAUGAUGCAGCCUAUCUGACGAUGUACAACAUCUGCUUCACCUCUAUGCCCAUCCUGGCUUACAGCCUUUUGGAGCAGCACAUUUGCAUUGAGGUUCUUUUGGAACACUCCACCCUCUACAGAGACAUUGCUAAGAAUGCAAUGUUGCGGUGGAAGCUAUUCCUUUAUUGGACUGCGCUUGGAAUCUUCCAUGGAUUAGUCUUCUUCUUUGGUGUUCGGUUUUUGUUCAGUAACCCAGCUCUGCAGGACAAUGGCCAGGUUUUUGGAAACUGGUCAUAUGGAACGAUUGUGUUCACUGUCCUCGUCUUCACUGUAACGCUAAAGCUGGCUCUGGACACACGGCAUUGGACAUGGAUCAACCACUUUGUAAUAUGGGGCUCCCUGGCUUUUUAUGUGUUUUUCAGCUUCUUCUGGGGAGGAAUCAUAUGCAGGCCUUUCCUGAAGCACCAGCGUUUGUACUUUGUGUUCGCCAACAUGCUGAGCUCUGUGUCAGCGUGGCUCGUCAUCAUCUUGCUCAUCCUCCUCAGUCUACUGCCAGAGCUCCUGCUUGUGGUGCUCCGCAAGCCCCGUGGACCCCACGCUCGACAGAAAAAGUCGAGUGUGGGGGACCCCCAGUCUCCCCAGUCUUCAGCCAGGCCCCUGCUCACGAGAACCUUUUCAGAUGAAUCCAAUACUGUCAUUUAAACAGCUGGCAGAGGGUGGCCUCCUACAAGCUUCCAGAUCGCUGCUGUCACACCACUUUCCUACAAGCACCUGAAGGAGCGCGAGUAAAAGACAGCCUGGACACGGCACUGAAAUCCUCCUCAUUUUGAUUUUCUUUCAUAGUGAAAGCAACUUCAAAGGGUGGAGAAAUAUUAAAAGAUGAAACAAGAGAUCAAGAUGAAGAGGAUGAAAAACAUCAUAGAAAUUUAAAGACUUGGGGGAGAAGUUGAAAUUGUGUUUGAAGUCUUUUGACUUCUGUUCCUUUUUUUUUGUUUGUUUUUGCCCAGUCACGUUGCCCAGCGCAUGCCUGCAGAGCAGUGCUCUUCUAUAUUUUAUAAAAAUAACUCUGAUGAUGGGCAUGAGUCUUCUUCCUUUUACUUUUUUGAUAUUUGCUUACAAAUAAGCUCUGCCUUGCCAGUAGCUAAGUACAACUACUUUGAUCCAUUAAGCAGUUGUAAUAUCCACUCCAAGAAUGGUACAUCUGCAUGAAGGCUAAAGAAAAAAAACAACAAAAAAAACAACACUUCUCUGAUAUUUAGUCACUGUGUUUUGCAAAUCUUUUUAUUUAAACUUAAUCGCUGCACUUGUAUUUUUGCAAUAUUUUUUCCUUUUCUUCAAUUAUUUUAAAAUUUAAUUAAAUAUUCACACCUUCCAAUCCAAAUCAUUCCAGGUAAAACAUUACUAAAUGUGAUAUCAGUGCAGCUGAAAGCAGCACACAGACUGUUAGUGUUAGUUUUAGCUUAUUUCUUUGUUUUUGUGGAUAAAGAGGAGUUUCAAAUGAUAAUUUAUAAGAAAGGUCAAAUAUUAUUAUUCAGCCCAAAAAGUGUGUUUGUGUGAGAUUGAGCAGUAGAUUUAAGACUCAACGCAAGCUCCAGCAAUGAAACGUUACUUGGCGCGUGAGCUGAAAUCUUCUAGCCUCAAAGAUAAUUUAAUAGGUUCCAGUAGGUGAUAAGAAAAUUAAUAUAUGUGCUGUAAUGUACAUAGCUUAGACACGUAUGUUAACAUCUGCUCAAAGCCAAAAUGAUGAACGCAGUGCAAUCAGGUUGGGCCUUUAUGGUGACAGGCCUGUGUGCAUAUCGUGUGUUUGUGUCGUACUGAAGUGCAUACGUGUGUUGGAUGAGAAUAGCCACAAAUGCCUGCGUGUAAAGAAGCGCAGGUGUACUUGAACUUCAUUGAUUCGGGUCAGUUUGACAUUUUCUGCACUAUUAGGGAAAUUGGUUUCUUUGUUAUGAAUCUGGUCAUGUUAGAUUAAUCGAAUCACUUGCAUACGGUAUCUGUUAGAUAAGAGAAUGUCACAUAGCCAAUAAGAUAUUUAUAUUCAUUAGUGUUUAUAUUUUUGUUUCCUUGGAUGAGUUUCGGUUUGAAGUGUCUGAGCAGAAUCAGCACAGCUUAAAGUCACUGUGAGGUGCUGAUAGCGGGAACUGUUCACAUUUCCUCCUUUAACUUUUAAUCUGUAGUUCUUUAUACAUUCCAUCCAAGCAUAACAUGAUUUCAGACACUUUGAUACUCUUUUUGUAAUAUCUUUUACUUUCUCUCGUUAUCAUAUUAAAUCUACUUGUCAUAUUUAUUAUUCUUAAGUGUAAUUUUUCUCACUGAGGUUAUAUUUUUAUUACAUGUAUCUUUUUAUUAUUCAGAGAAUGUUAAGCUUUGUACCAGUAGAGCUCAUAUGUUGUUGUCUGGCUCUAACUCGAGACAAUAUCAGUCCCAUUCAGUAGUCUGUGUUGUGUCUGUAAAGACCAGGCAGCCCCUUCCCAAUACACUCCCCGACUCCCCAAUUCAAUAUCCAAUUCUGUUCAUCUUCCUAUGUAAGUACAGUCCUGGCCAUAGGUUUACAUUCGCUCACUGUGGCCUUAAUGUGAUCUUAAUUUGAAGCUUUAUAGAUAAUGGUGGGAAUUAAAUCAGAUAUUUUUAAAUAUAUAUAUAUAUAUAGUGGCAUUACAGUAAUAGCAAUAAGCAUUAUGAUUAAAAUAAAAACUAUUUAUUAUGGAUUUUUUUGGGUAACUUUAAUAUUCUUGAAAAAUAUUCCCAUUUACAACAGGCAUCUUCGGGACACCACUUACUUAAAAAUGUCCUUUAUAACUAUAGAGUGCAUAUUUAAUCUUUUUUUUAUUUCCUUAUAUUAGCAGUGGAGAAAAUAGCAAAACAUAACAUCAAUAAUUUUUCCGAACAUGCUGUCAGUUUUUCAUUUAAGAUCAAUUAUUGAUAAAAAUCAUAAUUUUUAUCAUAGUACAUUCUUCAAUAUAAAUGCCCACCUCUGUUUAUAAAGUGAAUUUAUAUCACUUGUUUUUCGGCCGAAAUGUAAGGAUACUAAAGCAUGUAUAGUCAUUUUUAAAAACAAAAAAUUUGGUGCACAAAUUGAAAUUGUGUAUAUAAGUUGAAAUGUAUUCAAACACCUCCACUAACGUGUGUAUUCUAUCAAGCCCCACCUAAAUUAUAUUCUCUUUGCAAUCAUCAAAGAGAAUAUAAUGUACCCACUUGGAUAUUUAACCAUGUGUAUUUCAUUAAAAUUAAUUGUCCUUCUGUAAGAUUAAUUCUUAGGUUUUCAAUGUGACUGAAGUGAGGCUCAUUCAGGAUGUUUGUAGUUGACCUUCCAGAAUUAGUUUUGGUGUGUUUGGGGUCAAUUCAAGAUAAAUGUAUUGCUGAUCAUGCGUAUUUACGUUACAAAUCACAAAACAUUGACAGGACGAAUCUGUUAUUUUGAUGUUACUUUUACUUUAUAUAUAUAUGUUCCUUUACCCUGCUGAGUGCAAAAAUAAAUCAAUAAUUGAAAUAAGAGAAGGGACAGUGCAAGAAAACGAGGAAUAGCAGCAGAGACUAUGCUUAAAAAAAGUGAUAAAAUAAUAUAAUUGUGCUACCAAUGGCUAAGAAGCUUUUAAACUUGAGAAAUCAACUAUCAAACCUGGUGGUAGUAGCAUCAUGCUGUGGGAUUGUUUUACUGCCAGUGUUACUGAUAGGAAUCAUGAAGGAAGGAGAAUGUGUCUAAAUUUUUCUCCUCAAAUCGACAGCUUUAAGCUUUGUUCUUACAGGACAACAAUCCCAAACAACACACAUCAAAACUGGUUUUGGAAAGGAUUAAUCAGGAUUCUGGAAUAUUUAAUCAUAUUCCAAAUGUCUGAACUCUGCUGUCAGUACCAGGAAAUCAACUAAUUUAAAUGAGCUCGCCCAGUUCUGAUUUGAUGAAUGUUCACAUGUCCAAUUCAGAUAACACCAGAAGGUCGUAAAAAGUCAGAGAAGCUAAAAUGCAUUCAACCAAAUAUUAGUGGGGCUUUAUAGAUACUUCUGGCAAUAUUGAUUAGAAAUUGGUCUUUAAAAGCCCACAAUUAUUAACACUCUUGCAGAUGAAGUGUGUAUGUAAACGUUUAACCAGAACUGUAAUACUUAGGUAAAAUUGAUUACUGCUUAUGAUUUGUGUCCCAGCUCUUGUAACAGUCUUUGUGUGUUUUUCUUGUUUAAAUCUUUAGGUUGUUACUCACUAUGAUAAAAGAUUUAGAACAGAAAAUCUUAAGCCGUCACUGAAAAUACAGGAAGUAAAAGGUCACAUUGGAUGGGGCUGCCUGCUUUAACAAAUGAGAAACCUUUAAAUAACUUCAGAAAUGCUAUUUUCAGAGCUUAAAUAUGUUUGAAUCUAAUAUUUUGCCUGUUAAAAAUGAAUGGAUUGUAUUUUUAAUGCAACUUUUUUCCAGGCACUUUUUUUAAAGAAAAAAAUAUAUAUAUGAAAAAAAAAAAAACAACAAAAGAGAGAGAGAAAGAGGCUCUGUGGGUGUCAGUCUGUCUGUGGAGGUGGACACUUUCAGGCACCUCAGGCAGGGAUUCCUUGCCGCCUCCAGCCUUUUGAGUCUCCAGCUUCACCGCUCCAAACCUCUGAGCUGAAUGUACCUCUUUGAAAUAUCAAAAAUAACUGAAGAUUUUCUGUAAUAAAGCUGAACGUUUUAAAGAAA